AUGGGUCGUGGCUUUAGUUUUCGACUCUUGUAUCGAGUCGUUUUCUUUUUCUUCUGUCUGAAUCUCGCCUGUUUUUAUCAUGGUGGUGGUUCAGAGUAUGACAGGCGAGAAGAUAAAACAGAACCGAACAAAUUAAAAGAUGAAUUCAAAGGUAAACCCUUGAAUGUUGACGUUUCUCUCGAACAAGACGAACGCGUCUCUAACUUGACAGAAAAUGCGAAACAAAUUGAUGGCGAGGAUACGAAGAAAAAAACUGAUCUUUCAAAGAUGGCAAGAAAAGGUAAAUUCUAAAAAUUUCGCAAUUCGGGAAGGACUAAAUGUCAACCACAUUAUUUCUUUUAUAGAAACUGUGACGAAAACACUUGGAAGUGAGAGAUUACAGAAGAGCCCAGAACUGCAUUUUUCAACUUCUUCGCCGCCUGAGGUAAAAGUUCCAAGCAAAGAAUCGACUACCAUCUCCCACUCAAAUGGGACAAAAUGGCAAAACCAUGGCAGUAUAGAUAUACUUCCAUUGGAAAAUCGAAUUCUCCAACUGCAAGACUGGAGAGGAACAGCCAAAAGAGAAACGUUGCCUUCCACAACUCAACAUCUCCGGAAUAGACGUGAAAUUGAUGCGAUCUCAGAAAGUAAGGUGAGUCCGACCGAAUGUUCCAAUUCCACUUUUACCAUAAAGUAUGAAGAUGAAUACAAAGUAUGGAACAAUUUCUCAAUGCUGUACCAAAGUCACACGUACUACUUUUACAUGUACAGAGUAACGGACGAUGGUCUACAAGUUUGUAAUUCUUCUGACCCUCUCGUCCAACAAAGAUGGUUGAAUUUCAUCGUUUCAGAAAAGAGAAUGAUGGCUUCCCAACAUUGCAAUGCAUUUGUGGACGGUUUCUACGUCACAAAUUACACAUUAUUCAAAAAUUUUACUGUUUUCUUUCAUCCUACUGAGCAGAGUUUCACAAGGCGAGAUUACGGAGUGAUUUUUGGACAUUUUGCAAUUUGUUCGGCAAAAGUUAGUCUGUCCUGCAAUGAUGGUUUGAUUAAAGUAAAGUACGAUGAACAAUACAAUGUUUUCAAAAACUUUUCGCUGUUUUACAACAAUACGAUGUACGAUUAUCGCGAAUAUCGAUUUGGAAACGACAGUCUUGAAAUGUGUGCUUUCAAUGAUUCAAGAGUUCAGGCUCUUUGGAGAACUCGGAAUUCAUGGGAGAAGUUUAAAGAGGUGUAUAAAUGCUAUCGUUGUUAUUACCUAUUGUACUACAUUAUGACUAAGCAGUUUACUGUCUAUUCGGCAUAUAACAGUCAAUAUUUCACAAGAAAUGACUAUGCACUCAUAGACAGUAAACUUUGUAUAUGCAGAGAAAAGUUCAAACCCGAAUCAACAGAGUAUACCCAGGAAGAUCUAUUAAAGUGCAACGAUUCAAUCAUCAAUAUAAAAUACGAUGAUGAAUACAAAGUUUGGGAUAACUUUUCAAUACUCUAUAAGAACAAUGUAUACGAUUAUACUGAGUAUCGAGUUCUGAAUGAUAGCAUAAAGAUUUGUAACUCCUCUGAUAACGACGUAAGGAAUAUCUGGAAAGAACGCAAUAAAUAUGUCAAGCAGUGGAUGCAUUACAAAAGUUGCAAUAAGCUCACAUAUGUUGAAUACUACCGAGGGUAUUACAUUGUGCUGAAGGAUUUUAAAGUUCUCAUUUUGGAAACAAAGCAGGUUAUUACAAAGUACGAUUAUGGUGUGGUUGAAGGGAAAUUUAGAAUAUGUGAUGAAAAACUACCACGAGUUUUUUUCUUACAACCACUUAGCCUGGCUGACAUAGCGCCAUUAUGUGCUUUAGCCCUUUCCAUUAUUUCUUUGAUGUUGUUGUUGAUAGUUUAUUGCAUGCUUCCUGAACUGCGCGCACUUCCUGGUUUGAAUUUGAUGAGUUUAAGCUUCGCCUUUUUGUUGUGGUUGACUUAUAAUGUAGUGUAUGUGACACUGUAUAGACGUGUAGGUACAGUGUCUAAGUUUCCGUGUGCCAGGCUGGUGAUAACAGCUAAAUUUCUGACGUAUAGCAUACUUAUGAACGCUGCUGUUAACAUCCAUGUCUUAAGAAAAACCUUUUGUGGCAAUAUUCUACUGAAAUCUGAUGUAAACAAAUGGAAAAGGUUUUUGAAGUAUAGUCUCUUCAGCUGGGGUGUUCCUGUCAUCAUAACUAUUGUCUACAUUGUACUAGUGAAGAAAGAUGUUUUAAAGUUGUAUCAUCAUAUCAUAUACGGUUGUGUCAUUGGUAAUAUUCCUGAUUGGUUAGCUAUUACGAAAGAAUAUGGUCUUCCGGGUUGUCUUUUGUUGUACAAUAUUGUAAUGUUCAUCUACACUGCUUAUCGACUUCGCCAAAAACUCAAGGCAAGCAGUAGCAUCGCACAGAAAUCGAAUAUGGUCAAGACUCGCAAAACUUUUGUGCUAUUACUUAAGCUAUCAACCACUGUUGCCAUCACAUGGCUUCCUGUUAUAUUUGAAAGAUACAUAUAUUUUAACGUUCAUUAUUACAUAUACUUGGCGCUUUGGACUGUAGCGUUUCUUAGUGGUGUCUAUAUAGGUAUUGCAUUUGUGUUUACAAGAAGAAAUUACCAGCUGCUAAAGAAGAAAUAUGUUGCAGCAAAAAAGAUGCCAAUUAAUAAAAUUAUGCCAGUAAAUCAGUAA